AUGUCUGUAUCAUCAUGGACAGCAUUGGUUGGAAUCUCACAACGAGCUACACCAUCAGGGAAAAACCAUUGUCCACGAUGAGGACCAUCUUCAAUUCUGCAACAAGUCUCCAGAUCAGUGUGACACCAAACACUGGUGCUAUCACUAUGCCCCACUGUUCCAAGGUCUACAUAACUAUGGUUAGGUAGCCCAGCUCCCAUGGAUAUGGAGACAUAAGGGACAGUCUGACAGUCGACCUCCAGACUACAGAGGAGACUCAACGCAAGCACAAAUCUCGAAUCCAUCGCAGAGUGAAA